AUGGGCGCCCAAGCGAGUACGUGCUAUUGCAUGCCUGGCGACUCGUGCUGGCCGGCUACUUCCGCAUGGUCCCAGUUCAACUCUACUGUCGGUGGGCGUCUCAUCGCGACAGUUCCCAUAGGGUCGCCCUGCCACGAUCCAAAUUAUGAUGCGGCUGCCUGUGCGGCCCUGCAGGCUGAAUGGACACUCCCGACGCCACAUCUAGAGUCAUCUUCUUCUGUGAUGGAGCCUUACUUCGCCAAUCAGAGCUGCGACCCUUUCACUGCCCAGGAAAAGCCAUGUGUACUUGGCAACUAUGUUAGCUAUGCGGUCAAUGUGUCAAGCACGGCCGACGUGGUUGCUACCGUCAACUUCGCCAAACGCAACAACAUUCGCCUUGUCAUUCGCAACACAGGUCACGACUUCUUCGGACGUUCCACUGGUGCUGCCGCCCUUGCUGUCUGGACGCACAAUCUGAAUUCCAUCAACGUGACCUCCUGGUCGGACUCUACCUACUCCGGGCCUGCCAUUAAACUCGGUGCUGGCGUACUCGGCUACGCGGCUACUCAAGCCGCUCACGACGCCGGCCUUGUUGUCGUGGGUGGUGAAUGCCCUACUGUUGGGAUUGCUGGUGGGUUCACACAGGGCGGCGGGCACUCUGUCUUGUCCACUGAGUUUGGUCUCGCUGCGGACCAGACUCUGGAGUUCGAAGUCGUCACCGCUUCUGGUACUGUGGUGACAGCAUCUUGGAAGAAGAACGCGGAUCUCUACUGGGCACUGUCCGGCGGUGGCCCUGGUACCUAUGGCAUUGUCACCUCAUUGACGGUUCGGGCUUUUCCCGAGGUUACCAUCGGCGGAGCUGCCCUCGUCCUUGCCGCUGCGUACACGACUCCAGACCUGUUCAACCAAGCUGUCACUGCCUUCCAUUCCAUGUUGCCCAACAUGACGGACCUUGGUGCGAGUGUGACAUAUCUGCUCACCAACCAAUACCUCCAACUCAACCCCGUGACUGUGUACAACUCCACCGCUGAGCACGUCAAAGAUGUUGUCCUCGCGCCUUUCAUUGCUAAGUUAGCCGAGCUUGGCGUGCCCAUCGUGUCUUCUAGUUAUACCUCGCUAUCCUACAAUGACCAUUACACUACCUAUAUGGGCCCUCUCCCCAACGGUCAUCUUGCCGUGGAGUCGUACAACUUUGGCUCUCGCCUGAUUCCGCGCAGCGUCAUUGAGACCAACAAUAAGGGAUUCAAUGCUGUGGUUCAAAACUUGACGGCUCAGGGAGUUAUCGCUGGAAUCACAGCUGGCAGUUUUGUCAACAGUCAACGCGUGUCCAACGCGGCUCACCCUGCGUGGCGCACUGCCAUCAUGCAGAUGCAGCUUAUUACGCUUUGGGAUAAUUCGGCAGAUGCGUGGAACAAUAACUUGGUCGCCCAAAAAAAGAUGACGAGUGAGUUCGUACCUCAGCUGAUGGCCAUCACACCGGGUAGCGGAACCUAUGUCAACGAGGCGGAUUUCAAUCAGCCUAACUGGAAGGUGGACUUUUUCGGGGCGAACUACGACAAGUUGUUGACCAUCAAGAAGAAGUGGGACCCCACUGGUAUGUUUUAUAUCUUGAAAGGAGUGGGAAGUGACUCUUGGACUGUUGCCAAUAACGGGAGAAUGUGCCGAGCGUAA